AGACUCUAGGGGAAGCUUUUAGGAAAGAGACGAACUGAGAGAGAGAGAGAGAGAGAGGCAGUUGGGCAAUUAUCAGAACUAGUUCCCCUAGGAACCAGGGUUCAUUUGGGGUGUACUCUUGAAGCCGGCAUUAUUACAGUUUAAGGGGCUAGAGAGAUCUCAUGUAUCUUUUAUUUAAAAAAAAAACUGAGUCUUGAGUUAAUGGUAGUGAUACUUUCAGGAUAGAGAGGUUAUUGAAGCCUUAUCUCGUUCCGGAACGAAGAUUGGAAGGAUAACAGGAUGGGAGUACUUGGCGGGUAUUUGGGAUAAAAAGGUUUAAGGGCUGCUAGUAGGAUUGUUCAGAAUGGCGGAAGAUGCUCAAGAGAUGCGGUCUUUGGCCUUGACUCCGACGUGGUCUGUUGCUACCGUGUUGACAAUCUUUGUUGCCGUUUCUGUUCUCGUGGAACGAUCUAUCCACCGAUUAAGCUCCUGGUUGCAGAAAACUAACCGAAAACCCUUGCUUGCAGCAGUGGAGAAAAUGAAAGAAGAGUUGAUGUUGCUUGGAUUUAUUUCUCUCCUUUUAACGGCUACCUCAAGUAUGAUAUCCAAUAUUUGCAUACCAUCGAAGUUCUAUGAUAGCAAGUUUGCCCCAUGCUCCAGAUCAGAGAUUGACAAAGAACAAGAAAAUAAUUCAUCCCGGGAUCGCAAACUGUUGAUGGCUUCUGUUCUACCUCACUUGUUUAGGAGGAUGUUGAAUGAAUUGAAUCAGAAUACCUGCAAAAAGGAUCAUGAACCAUUUGUUUCAUAUCAAGGUCUUGAGCAGUUGCACCGCUUCAUAUUUGUCAUGGCAAUAACUCAUAUAUCUUACAGUUGCCUCACAAUGUUGCUGGCAAUUGUGAAGAUUCACAGCUGGAGGGUAUGGGAGGACGAGGCUCACAUGGACCGGCAUGAUGCAUUAACUGAAAUCACAAGAGAGCAGACAUUGCGAAGGCAAUCAACAUUUGUCAAGUUUCAUACUUCAAAUCCCUGGGUCAGGAAUAGUUUCCUUGUCUGGGUGACAUGUUUCUUCCGGCAAUUUGGGCGUUCAGUGGUUCGUGCCGAUUACCUUACACUCCGGAAGGGCUUCAUCAUGAACCACAAUCUCACACUAAAAUACGAUUUUCAUGCCUAUAUGAUUCGCUCAAUGGAAGAAGAAUUCCAAAAGAUUGUUGGUGUGAGUGGCCUACUGUGGGGAUUCGUUGUUGCUUUCAUGCUGUUUAAUGUAAAAGGGUCUAAUCUUUAUUUCUGGAUAGCGAUUGCUCCUAUUUCUCUUGUUCUUCUGGUCGGCACAAAGCUGCAGCAUGUUAUUGCAACCUUGGCAUUAGAGAAUGCAAGUAUAACUGGAUUUUUCACAGGAGCAAAGCUGAGGCCUCGAGAUGAUCUUUUCUGGUUUAAAAAACCAGAACUCUUAUUGUCCUUGAUCCAUUUUAUUCUUUUCCAGAAUGCAUUUGAAUUGGCUUCUUUCUUUUGGUUCUGGUGGCAGUUUGGGUAUGAUUCUUGCUAUAUCAGGAGUCGUUUGCUCGUGUACCUAAGGCUGAUUUUGGGGUUUGCUGGACAGUUCCUGUGCAGCUACAGCACCUUGCCUCUUUAUGCACUUGUUACUCAGAUGGGAACAAAUUAUAAGGCAGCCUUAAUUCCUAAUAGGAUAAGAGAGACUAUCCAUGGAUGGGGGAAGGAAGCUAGGAGGAGAAGGCGGCAUGGUAUUUUCACCGAUGAUUCCACUAUACACACAGACACAAGCACGGUAAUGUCAAUUGAGGAAGAUGAUCAUGAGUUCGUUGAUGACACCCCUGGAACUGCCACUGGUGCAUGCACUGAAAUUGAGUUACAGCCAGCUUCUGAUAUUGCAACCAGCCCCUUGCCAGUUGCUAAUGAAACCUCAAGCAGAGUAGGUACACCCCUCCUUCGACCCUCUGCCUCGGUUUCUUCGCCAGCUACAUUGUCUUCUAAGACACAAGGUAUUCCCAGAUCUUGUUCUUUGCCAAGCAGAAGAGAAUGAAGUGAUCAUGAAAAUGAUAAUGAAGAAAAAAUGAGCAAACAAAUAUCAAGUUUCAGAUUAUUGAGAGAGAGAGAGAGAGAGAGAGAGAGAUGUGUGCUUGAUAUAUGGUUCCGUACAGCAUCAUCGGAUGUUCUUUCCGAAAUACAGAUGAAUGGUAGAAGUUCAUAGAAUACUAGAGAAUACAAGUUGUGACAUGAUUAAUUAGAUAUCAAUACACGAGCUUUUGAUGUUACUGAUUCGUGGAACUUAAAGAAUGUACACUUACUAAUUGUGAUGAUGUCUGGUUCUAGUUUCUCAGCUUUUUAUAGUUAAACAUCCCUCUCGUAGUGGAGCAAAAUAAAGGCAGUUAAAACACAAACCUAGAAAGAAAAUGUGACUAGUGCUGCAUAAAAUUGUUAAAAUUCUUAGCCGAUUAUUCCUUUUAGAUCCAAACAGAAGAAAUUCUAGAUUUCCUCAAGCCAUCUGAACAAUUACUAAUAUUGUUCCCUGUAUCAUCGCUAGUGGUGAACCGAGAAACCUCAACCAUGACCACCUUGAUUUGAACGCUUUUUCAAUAUUGUUUUAUACUCUUGUAAAACGGAUCGUGGGAGCCGCAUAAUCUGGGGUUAGGGAAGGUUUGUAGAUCCUACCACUUCAAAACCUUUUGGAUUUUGGAAUAUAAUGAUACGUAUACCAUAUCAUUGGAUCAUACAAAUGUCUUUUCAGGAAGCGAGUUGGAAGCUUUUAUUCCAAAGAAUUACAAGUUGAGAUUUGUCAUGGUCCUGAAAUUCUUGUUCAAGCCCAUUAGUUGCGGACUAGUGGUGGGCUUCAUUGUCUUGGUCAGGUGACGAGUUUGGUGGGAUGGGUUCAGCAUCUUCCUUGCUCUUUUCAGACUCAUGGGCUUCUUGCGCAAAAGAACUUCCAUGCCCUUGCGGCAUCCCUAUGCCCGGAGGGAUGCUCGGAGGAUUGUUGCAUUGACAUGGAGAAGGUUAACAACGUGGUCCAAAAAUAGGGGUUUGACAGCCACCGCAUCUAGAUGCAGGAGGUUGAAAGCCAUCGCAAUCAGGUGGAAUACCCCAUUAGGAGGACAAGCUCCAAAACCUUGAUUUUUCAUGUUACUAUUAAGUUUAUGCCCGAAUCCAACUCCAAUAUUUGAACCAAAACCAGCUCCACCUCUUGCGCCAUAACCCCCUCCAGCACCAAAUUCUGGUCCAAAUUGACUACCUCCUCCAGACCCAAUGCCAGUCCCCCAACCAGCUCCUAUCCCUUGUCCACCAGAACCAUAGCCACUUCCUACUCCUUGACCACCAAAACCACUACCAAAGCCAACACCAACUCCUCCCCCUUGAUCACCAAAGCCACCACCAUUGC